AUGAAUCUUACAGCAGUGAACCAAACUGAUAUGUGUGAGGACUACUCGUGUCCAGAGAGAUCUGUUUCUUUAUCUGUCUAUGUGAUUCUGUAUGUGGCCGCAGCAGCUGUGGCUCUUCUGACCGUGUGUGGAAACCUGCUGGUCAUGAUCUCUGUUAGUCACUUCAAGCAGCUCCACACACCUGCCAACAUCCUCAUCCUCUCUUUGGCUGCGUCUGAUCUGCUGGUGGGAGUUUUUGUGAUACCACUUCAUUUGUCUUUGCUCAUUGAAUCAUGCUGGAUCUCUGGUCCGGUCAUGUGCUCGAUUUUUAAAUUUGUGAACUUUCAGCCAACAAGUGUUUCUGUUCACACUGUGGCUUUAAUAGCUGUCGAUCGCUUUUUGGCUUUGAGUUUUCCCUUUUUUUACUCUGAGAAAAUCUCACUCAAUGUCGUCUGUACAGCAGCUUUGCUAAACUGGUUGUUUUCACUCAUUUAUAACUUCACUCUCUUUUAUAUUAAUGGAAAUUUCACUGACAGCGUGUGUCCAGGAGAGUGUGUUUAUAAUAUCGACGGGACUUCAUCAAUUAUUGAUCUCCUGAUUGUGUUUGUAAUGCCAUGUACGCUCAUUAUAAUAUUAUACACUCAUGUUUUUGUCAUUGCUAAGAAACAUGCGACUGCUAUAAGAGCCCUUCAGGUUCACAACAGCACAGAAUCCUCUAAGAACAAAAUCAGCGACAAAUCAGAGAGAAAAGCUGCGAUGCUGCUGGGGAUUCUGGUCUUUAAAGCGUUACCUGUGUUUCUCCUCUGUUUGCUGCCGUAUUAUAUUACUUUUUUAGUGAUACCAUAUGGCAGUGUUAUAAAUUUUGUCAGAGAUGUUGCUGUAAUAUUUUUCUUCCUGAACUCCACCAUUAAUCCCAUCAUUUACGCUUUAUUCUAUUCCUGGUUUAAGAAAAGCUUAAAAUUGAUUUUCACAUUUAAAGUCUUUCAUAAAGACUCCUCGCUGAUGAAUGUGAUGUAG